GUUUCUUGUGGGAUGAUGCUCUCAAAAGAUCUUUUAGCUGUAUCCUUAAUUUUAAUCCUCAGUAAACUAGGAUCCACUCAGUUACUGGACAACAAAUGUAAGCCACCGCUAUUUAGCCCCAGAAUCGUUGGUGGUAAGAAAGCAGAACGAGCUCCUUGGAUGGCAAUACUAAGCUUAAAUGGCAAAAAUAUAUGCGGCGGAUCACUUAUAACAAACGGUUCAAAUGUUAUACUGGGAGAAUACGAUACAUCAACGAUAUGGGAUGGGCCAACGAAAAAAUGUGGAGUUAAAUAUGUUAUUAUACAUCCUUAUUACACCAAGGGACUCUCUAAUGAUAUUGCUCUGCUUAAACUAGAUCAAUCCGUGCAAUAUACAGCUAAUAUCAGGCCGAUCUGCAUAUUGCUAAAACCAAACCAAAGAUCAGUGAUAGAUUCUAUGCAGAGUUUUAUAUUAACUGGUUGGGGAAAAACAAACGCAGACCAACAAAAGAGGACUACUAAGCUUAAACAGUUGAGUCUCCGCCGCUAUGAUCAGGGUUGUCGCAACCUAAAGGACACAUUUUGUGCGUACACUCCCCGACAGUCUGCUUGUUAUGGGGACUCCGGUAGUCCCUUAGGAGCUCAUGUGAGAGAUCAUGGGAUAACUUUCUUUGCCCAAUUCGGAAUAGCCAGCCAGGUAUCGAGUAAGACCUGUGAAGGUUUCAGCUACUAUACGGAUGUAUAUUACCAUGCAUCCUGGAUCUACGAAGUGAUUAGGUCCUAUUGGUAUUACUAA